GUUCAUUCCUCUGGUUACUGGUUCUCUCCCAUCAUCAAUCAACCAGCAUAAUCUAAAUAUAGUCAAAAAAGUCACUGACACCACAAUUUAUCUUUGCAGUUUCUUUCUCUACCAUUCGCAUAACAGAAUAAAAUCCACAGCUUCUUUACACACUGAGAAAUAAUUUCCCCAAACCUUUCAUUUUAUCUGUUCCCAAUCGUAAGUAUUCCAUUGGCGAGUCUCUCUUGACUCUCUCUCUCUCUCUCUCUCUCUCUCUCUGUGCUUCACAUGCACGGAGUAUAGUAAUAUAAUAUCCAAUCUUUCUGUAACUAACAUAGCAGAGGCUUCUUGUCAACCCAAGAUUUAUUCCUCCUCCUUCUCUUUGUAUUACAAUGGAGUUAGUCCCCUAUGGAGACCCUAAUUCAAAGCCAGAAUCUUCAACUCUUCCGUGGCAGGACAUGUUCAGAUCCGGUUCAUUUCGCAAACCCACUACCACAAAUCCGCCCAAACCGCCUUCAAAUACAUCCACCGAGCCACCACAAUCGUCAGACUCAGAUAAAAAAACUACCUUUUCUGGUGAUCCUCAGGUACGCCUUGCUCUUUACAUAGCCAUGGCUCAUGCGGGUCUUGCCUUCACUAUUUUUAUCAUUUAUUUCGUGGGUAAGCUUUUGCAAGAGUAUUGGAGGCCUCUUCAAUGGGCUAUUUUGUGUUCAAUUCCUUUGAGAGGAAUUCAAGAGACCCUCGUUGAAUUUUGGAGUGAACCUUUACAAUUAGGCCUCACUGAGACUGUUCUUGCUGUUCCUGUUGCCAUUUUUAAAGCUUUUGUGGGUACUCUUGUUGAUUUUAAGGAGGUUCUUUUAAGGGUUUUCCUUAAAAGACCCAAAAGAGAGGAUCCUAGAAGAACUAGAAGAAGUGGAUUUUCAAAAUUAGUUAGAUGGUUAGUGUCAUUUGGGGUUUUUGUGUUAGCUUAUGAAAGAAUUGGUGGUAUUGGUUCAUUAUUGAUUAUUGGCUUGGGGUUUAUGUGUAGUACCACAACGGCAGAUUCUACAUUUUCUGUUGUAUCUUCUUUUAAGAACAAUAGCUUUAAGCGUUCUGCAAUUAGUGCUUUUUUUACAAGAAGGAUAUUGAAGAAAUUGAAAACUAUUGUAGCAGUUGGGUUAAUUGUUGGAAUGAUUGUGGGGUCUUUGGUGGGGUUGAUUUUUUUCUCUUAUAAAAUUGGUGUUGAAGGCAAAAAUGCAGUUAUUUCAUUGAAAUCACAUGUGGAAGAGAAUAAUUAUGCAGAGAGGAUUGGUAUUAAGCAGUGGAUGGAUGAUAAUGAUGUUCCUGGAAUGGUAGAUAAGUACACCACUGCGUUAUAUGUAACAGUAUCUGAUCAAAUAGAUAGUUUGGCGGAGCAAUAUAAUAUGACUGAACUUGUCACUGGGAUUAAGCAUUUUGUCAUUAGUUCCCCAGCUAAUUCUUCUGUGGAAUCAUCUUCUUUGAUGAUCCCAUCUCCAUUCACACAGAAGCUUGUGAAUUUAAGAACCAAAGUUAGUAAUCGGCAGUGGAGUGAGAUUUAUACAGAAUUAGAUGCAAUUUUCAGGGAAUUGAUAAUCACCCAGGAGGAUCUUGUUGAGAAGGCUAAAGCAUUUGCUGUUCGAGGGAUGGAUGUGUCGCAGCGUAUAUUUGCUAGUAGCGCAUCAGUUUUAGGCGGGGGUUUUAAGGUCAUGUUCUCUGUUGGAAAUUCCGUCAUCUCUGGUGCAGCAGAGGUUUUCAAUUUUGUGUCUCAGUCAAUGGUGUUCUUUUGGGUUUUGUAUUAUUUAAUCACAUCAGAGUCUGGUGGGGUAACUGAACAAGUGAUGUACAUGCUUCCCAUUCCAGAAUCGGCAAGGGUUAGGUGUGUUGAAGUUCUUGAAGAUGCUAUCUCUGGAGUUCUUUUGGCUACUGCUGAAAUUGCAUUGUUCCAGGGAUGUCUCACAUGGCUGUUAUUUAGACUGUAUAAAAUACAUUUCGUAUAUGUAUCCACUGUGCUCGCAUUCCUCAGUCCACUGUUGCCCAUCUUUCCACCUUGGUUUGCAACAAUUCCAGCUACUUUGCAACUUGUGAUGGAAAGUAGAUACGUACUGGCUGUUAGCUUUUCCAUUAUUCACGUGCUGCUUAUGGAUUAUGGUGCAUCCGAAAUUCAAGAGGAUAUACCAGGUUACAGUGAAUAUCUGACUGGGCUCAGCAUUCUUGGUGGAAUGACAUUGUUCCCAUCUGCAGUUGAGGGAGCAAUAAUGGGGCCUUUGAUAACUACUGUCCUGAUUGGUCUUAAGGAUUUAUACGCUGAAUUUGUAUUGGGAGAACAGAAGCCGAAAAAUGAAUAGCGUUAGUCCGAAGCUCUUCCCUAGUCUAUUUCAUUUUCUUUUGUUUGCAACAUGUGAAAUGUUGUAUAUUACUUUGAGCCACUUUAAGCAAAAGCAUAUAAUUCUCAGCCAAUCUUUUCGUUUCGGCAAUCUCUACCGCAUGGUCUGCUCAUAAUCAACUAUAGUUGUUUUGGUUUCUUUCUUUGUAGAAAUAUGUGGCUAUCUUGUAUUUUCUUGAUUGUUGGCAGCUUAUUGAGAAUUAAUUUGUACAUUUUCCUUGUGUAUUUAUUGAUAUAAGGAUUCUUGUGUUGGACGGUGAUGUAUUUAUAUGAGAAUCUUGAUUGUGACAAGUUUCCAAAUUUGGAGUGAAAUUGUAGCACCUGAACUCCUCGGAUGAAGCUGUUGAA